AUGGAUUUUCAAUGGUACGAUUUGAAUACACCGCUUUCCAUAUGCUUAUGGCUUCUGUCAAUUAUUUUAAUCAAAAUAGUAUCUCAUUCGAGUAAACGAUUUACAAUUUUACCUGAUUCUGCCCUUUUAAUUCUUGUUGGUUUCGCUGCUGGAAGCGUAAUGGAUCGUUUUUGGUCGCAUGAAAUUUAUUUAGAUCCAGAUCUUUUUUUCUUAUAUCUAUUACCACCGAUAGCUUUGGAUGCCGGUUAUGCAUUACCUGACCAGGCCUUCUUUGAAAAUUUUGGCACCAUUAUAUUAUACGCUGUGAUAGGAACAAUUUGGAACAUUGUUUCUAUCGGUUUUAUCCUAUUUAUGGCAUCAUCAUUCUUUUCGAUCUCAUUACAUUGGCUCCAUCUAUUUCUCUUUUCAACUAUUAUUUCGGCAGUAGAUCCGGUUGCUGUAUUAAGUGUUUUUGAAGAAAUCAAAGUUAAUCGAUUAUUGUAUAUUUGUGUUUUUGGCGAGUCAUUACUGAAUGAUGCUGUAACAAUUGUUAUAUAUCAUGCGCUAGCGGCAAUAAUCAAAAUUGGUCCAGAGAAUUUUGAGACGGAAGAUUUUGUCAAAGCUCUCAUAUCAUUUUUCCUAGUGAGCUUUGGUGGAAUACUUAUUGGAAUUGCUGGAGCUGCUCUUCUCAGUUUAACUACUAAAUAUUCAAAUAAGCAACAAGUGCUUCAACCAUUAAUUUGUUUACUUGUACCUUAUCUUUCAUAUUUGAUAGCAGAAAGUGUCCAUUUUUCUGGCAUCCUUGCUAUCUCCCUUUGUGGUCUAAUGAUGAAACAAUAUCUUGCUGGUAACUUAUCAAAGCAAUCAUUGGUCACCACAAGUUGUUUCUUUAAAACUCUUGCAACAAGUUGUGAAGCGAUAAUAUUCGUCUUCUUGGGAUUAUCAACGGUAUCAAAGAAGCAUAAUUGGGAUUCAGUCUUCAUUGGAAUAACAUUAAUUGCAUGCUUAGUUUGUAGAUUUAUUGGAACUUAUGUUUUGACAUGUUUGGCAAAUAGAGGAAGACAACAAAAGAUAAAUCUUGUUGAUCAAUUUAUAAUGGCUUACGGUGGCUUACGUGGCGCUAUUUGUUAUGGCUUAGUGAUGACAUUGGAUAAGGAGGCAAUUUUGGCCAAGGAAAUGUUUGCUUCAACAACGAUUAUUGUUAUUUUAACGACUGUCUUCAUACAGGGUGCAACAAUUAAGCCAUUGGUCAGAUUGCUUGAUGUUAAAACUGAGCCAGAAAGUGAGGAGACAUUAAUAGAACAUGUCGUCAGCGAUGUUCGUGAUGAUCUUAUGGGUGGUAUAGAAGCUGUUGUUGGUAUUCAACGAUCACAUUGGUUUCGACAAAAAUUAUUACACUUUAACAAUGAUUAUAUUUUGCCCUGCAUGGUUCGUAAUCAGAGGACCCGAGCUGAUAAAUUUUUGGAAAUUUGUGAUAAACAAUGA